AUGCGAAGGGACAACCAAACCACCCCAACAGGGUUCAUUUUGACCGGGUUUUCCCACUUCCCCAAGCUCCAGGUUGCCUUGUUUGUGCUCUUUCUCCUCAUGCACAUGGUGACCCUGGCUGGAAAUCUGGUGAUAAUGGUUGUUAUCAGGGUGGAGCGAGGGCUGCACAUGCCCAUGUAUCUCCUCCUAGGUGCCCUGUCCUUCUCAGAGCUCUGUUACACCUUCUCCAUCACCCCAAAGAUGCUGUCUGGGUUAGUGUCUGGAACUCGAGCCAUUUCUUUCCUGGGCUGUGCUGCACAAACGCAUUUCUCCUUCACGUUUGGCUUCAUGCUCUCUUUCCUCCUGACGGUGAUGGGGUACGACCGGUACGUGGCCAUCUGUCACCCCUUGCGUUACAGCACCCUCAUGACCUCCCGUGUCUGUAUCCAGCUGGUGGUGGCCUCAUGGCUGGGUGGGGGUCUCCUGGGGCUGCUGGUGACAUGUGCUGUCUUCCAGUUACCCUUCUGCCGGUCCCACCAGAUCGACCAUUUCUUCUGCCACGUGCCCCCCCUGCUCCAGCUGACUUGUGCUGGUGGCGAGAUGGUUGCCACCGUGGUCAACAUCCUUUGCAUGACUGCCUUGUUGGGUUGCUUUCUGCUCAUCCUUCUCUCCUACGCCUUCAUCCUUGGACACAUCCUGCAGAUGCCCUCAGCUGAGGGGAGGCACAAAACCUUCUCCACCUGUGCCUCCCACGUCGCCGUAGUGGUGGUGCAUUAUGGCUGCGCCUCCGUUAUCUACCUGCAACACAAAUUGCCCCAAGCUGCGGGAGCGAGUGCUCUCACUGAUGUGUCCUACACAGUCUUCACCCCCUUCCUCAGCCCCAUCAUUUUUAGUCUGCGAAGCAAAGACUUGAAAAAUGCCCUUUGGAAAUCCCUGAGGAAAAGCUUCGUUGUCAGGAAUACGAGGUUUUGGCCGGGCUCUAGUUUCAGCUGCAGGAGUGGUUAUCACUAA